GUUUUGAAUUAGUGUUUUGAUAUUCGAUUUGGCGAUGAGAUCGAGAUUGUUUCCAAAUUAAAAUGGCCCUUUACGAUAACAAAUACUGGCUGUUGUCUCACAUCAGAAGCUCCUUCAUUUCCACGGACGAUACAGGUGCGAUUCGGUGUUUAAUUAUUCAAAAAAUGUACGCAGCAAACGUUUCAGGAAUGUGCGAACUGGUGAUGUCGGGCGAGAGCAGGGACGUACAGACGCAUCUAAAGAGCGCCGAGCCCUUUCCAGAUCCGGACUCCAGCGAGGACGACGAAGACGAUUUCCUGUCGUACGAUCUCCAAAUGGACGCCGAUUUCAACAUAAGGGAGCGUUCGAACACGGCAGCUCAAAUAGAAAAAUUCGAAUUGGCCCGGAAGAGGGCCUCAAAAACCAAAAGCGUCAAGUGGGAAUCCAAGCAAGAGUGUCGGGCCGAUAUAAACGAACUGUUCGUUAGAAAAGAUCUAUCGCAAAUGAAGAAACCCGAAAAGCUAACUUCUAAACUGUCUGCGUUGAUACAAAGCCACGCGAACGUGCCGAAGAAUCCUUUCGUCGAAUUUGCCAAGUUCGACGGCACAGGGCAAGUGAAUAUACCUACUAAAAAGUAUAAAAUCUAUCUGACGAUGCUGCCGGCCCAGCAAAGGAACUACCCCAUGCCCGUGUGUUGCGUUUCGAGCGCCAAAGUUAAGGAAUUAAUAGGUUUAAUACUUUUAAAAUAUAGCUAUAAUUACGGGGUUGCGAAUAUGAAAGACGUCAAUCAUUAUGGUCUCUAUAUCACAGAAGAGGACGGUGAAGUGGACAGUGAUUUUCCCUGUUUGGACUACAAAGAACCCAUUUCGAAAUACGGUUUUGCCUGCUUAGGAUUAGUCGAGCACAAAGAAGGUAUGAAAUCCGUGUCUUUUCCUGAAGAAACGCACUCGCUAGUAACCAUCGAGGAGAUAAACAGGAACAGAACAACAUCGGAGAGGAGCAAAGCCGAUGAAACGAAGCAAAUGGAGAACGACAUACAAGCCGUGGAGAAUCACAAUAAACUUAUGGAAGCCCCGCUGUAUCGUUCCUUCAGGGCUUUCAUGGUGAGCAAAGUGAAACCCAAGAUAGAAGUCAACAUUGGAGUUAGCGGAGAGAGAAUAGAGAUUGAUCCAGUGCCUCAAAAGGGCACGAAAUUGUUGCCUUUCAAAGCGAAAUCCAUCAGUCAUCCUAUGGAGAAUAUAGCGCAUUGCGAAUUAACCGAAGAUAGAUCGAAUAAGAGCUGUUUUAGAAUAGUGUACAGUGCGAACAGCACCGGUAGCCCUAGUACAAAUACCGACGGUUUAGUAUCCAGUUCUUCUAUUAUUAUCCAAUCACCGAGUACAAUGUGUUUCAAAAACUACGAUUUCGAAAGCAGCCAAACCGUAGCCCUAGACCUAGUCCAAAAGAUGAAAUUAAUCCUCGAAUUGAAAUCCAGCCAAACGAGAGAAGAGUACCUCGCGACCAAAGAGAAGAAAUUACAGAAGAAGAAGAGUUUUCAAAUUGUCAAGUGAUUUUAUUCAGCUACAAUUAGGUUUUUAAUAAAAGACAGUAUUACUUUUAAAUACGAUGCGUUUCGACUAAGACAAGCGAAUCGUACCAAAAUAAUUUUUAUUCG